UUCAAAUGCCACGAGGGGUAACAUAUCAGGACAGCACAACGCUAUGCUUCACCUGUCAAAUGGAUUUCUCAUUCAGCGUCGCCACUGGGUGCUUGGAGUGUGACAAUGACCCACUCCAAACGCACUGCGGUGCGUGCAGAACUCCCACUUUAAACCUAACCUUCACAGUGGACUACAAACUUCAGUUUUGCUUGACAUGUCCGAGUACCAGCCCUACCACUACCAUCAACCCUACCCCUACCACCAGCCCUACCACCACAACCAGCCCUACCACCACUAUCAACCCUACUUCUACCACCAGCCCUACCUCCACAACCAGCCCCACCACUACCACCACCCCUACCACCACAACCAGCCCUACUACCACCACCAACCCUACCUCCACCACCAGCCCUACCACCACAACCAGCCCUACUACCACCACCAACCCUACUCCUACCACCAGCCCUACCACCACAACCAGCCCCACCACUACCACCAGUCCUACCACAACCAGCCCUACUACCACCAUCAACCCUACCUCCACAACCAGCCCUACCACCACAACCAGCCCUACUACCACCACCAACCCUACCUCCACCACCAGCCCUACCACCACAAUCAACCCUACCUCCACCACCAGCCCUACCACCACUACCAACCCUACCCCUACCAGCAGCCCUACCACCACUAUCGACCCUACUCCUACCACCAGCCCUACCACCACCACCAGCCCUACUACCACCACCAACCCUACCUCUACCACCAGCCCUACCACCACAACCAGCCCUACUACCACCACCAACCCUACCUCCACCACCAGCCCUACCACCACUAUCAACCCUACCCCUACCAGCAGCCCUACCACCACUAUCGACCCUACUCCUACCACCAGCCCUACCACCUCCACAAGCCCUACUACCACAACUAACCCUACCUCCACCACCAGCACAACCACCACCACAAGCCCUACCACCAACACCAGCCCUACCACAACAACAAGCCCUACCACUACCAUCAACCCUACCCCUACCACCAGCCCUACCACCACAACCAGCCCUACCACCACCACCAACCCUACCUCCACCACCAGCCCUACCACCACUAUCAACCCUACCCCUACCAGCAGCCCUACCACCACUAUCGACCCUACUCCUACCACCAGCCCUACCACCUCCACAAGCCCUACUACCACAACUAACCCUACCUCCACCACCAGCACAACCACCACCACAAGCCCUACCACCAACACCAGCCCUACCACAACAACAAGCCCUACCACUACCAUCAACCCUACCCCUACCACCAGCCCUACCACCACAACCAGCCCUACCACCACCACCAAGCUUCGUGGUACAUCAAAGAGCUUCAUGGACAAACACACUACAAAGGAGAUAGUAAUUGGAUUCAGAUAUCAGCAGGAAGGUUGA